AGCCCCCUCCCCGGCGAAGGGGAGCGGUGGGAUCAGCGGGAGCGGAGCGGUGGGAGCGGCUGGAGCGGAGCGGGGGGAGCGGCCGGAGCCCCCGCCCCGAAGGAGGCACAGCGGGCUGGGCUGCGGAUGGAGGGGAGCCGGACCCCUCCCCGGUACGGAUCCAUGGAGUCCACCCGGUGGCCGCCCGCGGGGCCAGAGGAUGAGAUCAUUUCCAUGGCCGACUCCACCACCACCAUCGAUGACAUCGAAGGAGAGCUCUUCAAAAUCGAGAGGAUCAGGGAGAUCCUGGUGAGGAGGGAGUCGGAGCUGCGGUACAUGAUGGAUGACAUUCAGCUUUGUAAAGAAAUCAGCCGGCUGAAAAAGGAGCUUCAAAAACUCAUAGCCCUGCCAGAGAAUGAGAAGUCCAACGAGGAGAAGCAGAGGGAAGAGGAGCUGGUCCAGCAGAUACACAAGCUGGUGGAAACACGGGAUUUCUUGGUGGAUGACGUGGAAUUUGAGAGGCUCAGGGAAAGGGAAGAAGACAAGGAAAUGGCAGAGUUCCUGCAAAGUAAGCUCUCCAAAAGCUACCUCCAGAAAGCAACUCCUGUCAAAGAGAAGAAGAUGACUUCCAGGGGACAGCAAACCUCGGCACCGUACAUGACCAAGACAGGCCUCACCCUGCUCAAGGAGUGCUGUGGCUUCACCUGCUCCAUCAUGUAGCCAGUCCCAGCUCCUGGGCACAGGACAUGACCAUGGUCUCCAGCCAGAUUCCACAACCUGCUCUCCUCCGAGAGGUUCAACCUCCCGUCAUUGUCCAUGCUUCCCACGGCAGCACCACCACCAGAGGGGCUUCCCAAGCAGGCUGGUGCAAGUUUGAGUGACCACAUCAGUGGUACCACAUCCUCCAUGGCAUCAACAAACACCACAUCCCACCCGAGCUCAGCUUGGAAGGCGUGUGCAGCGGCGGCAGCAGAGGCCACGACCAAGGGACCGGUGCAGUCCUUCCCCUGGACACAGGGUUAAAAAAAGCACAUGUUUGGAGAACACUGUGCUCCACCAUCCAAGACAUGCUGUGCCCACAGAUGAUUGUCUCAUCCUUAGCUUUGUACAACCUUUGAGUGUCUGUGGGACGAUUCCCAGGGACUCUUGGUGGGGAAUGUCUCUGGUUUGGGUUUCAUUGUGUUUGCCUUGGUUUUGUUGCAAGGUUCUCUGUGGCUUUGGGUAGAACCAAGCAAAGGUGCAGGGCAGUUCCUGGAGCCUGCUGAGUGCAGGGAUGCUCCCUGUGGAGUUACUACCAGAGCACAGACCGGGCGUGUGCAACUACGGGCAGAUGAGUUGCUUUCCCCACCUCACCAUGGCUGGAUUCAGUGCUCAGGUCCAAGAAAAAAGGGGAGCUGAGAACAACAGGAGCAAAAUUCAGAACAGGGCAACAUGCAGAAGGAAAGGAAAACCCAGCAGGAGACUGGAGGCAUGGCAGGGGAAGGUGGAGACAGCAGGUGAGAUGCUCUCAGUGCCAGGAGGGUGUUCAGUCCUGCCCUCCAGUGCCCCAGCCAGCGCCUCUGGGCUUGGCACCAGAGCUGGACACAGUCCUGUGCAAAAGACUCAGGGCACCCUGAUGUCACCCAGUGCUCAGCCCCUUGUCCCUUCUGAGCAUCCAUCUGUGCUGAGGUGGCACAGCCAGAGCUGCUGGUGCCCAUGGCAGCAGGACAGGAGCUUUCCUUCUCCCUGGGUGUGAAGGCCUCUCACCCCUCCCACCCUGCCCCUCUGCCCUGUAGCUGCUGUGGCUUCACUGGGUGGCCUGGGGUGGCCUCCCCUUUGGGAGGCUGCCCAGGAGCUCUUUCUGCCUUGUCCUCCAGCCAAAAUGCUGACUCCCCCAGCUCAGCCCUGCUGCACUUUGCUGCAGGGUCAUGAGAUGGUGUUCCUGCCUGGGUCACUGGUCACCAUGCCAGGGAGUUGGUCACAACCCCUGUGGCUUUUCCAAUAGCACCUGACAGCACAUUCACCCUUACAAAGCACAAUGCAGGUGGGAUCCUUCCUAGUGCAGUGCCAUAAGUGGGUCCAAGUUCCUCAUUGAGUCACAGACUGGUUUGGGUUGGAAGGGACCUUAAAGAUCAUCUCUUUCCACCCCCUGCCAUGAGCAGGGACACCUUCCACCAGCCCAGGUUGCUCCA